AAGCUUCCGGGGCCGAGGCUGUCUGGGCGAUGAUCACGAGAGGCAGGCAUGUGGUGGUGAUGUGGACAUUCGCCAUCGCCUCUCCCUCUCAUCUCCCCUCCCUCAUCCUCCCCCUCCCUCCCUCGCAUCCCACACAACAUGGCGAAACUGCGCACGCUUCCGCUCAUCCCUCUACCCCACAAUCUCGUCCUUUUCCCUGGCGUCACCGUGCGCAUACCGGUGCAGAACCGCGCCGAUGUCGCCGCCAUCCUCGCCCAUAUCUACAGCAAAGCCUCCACUCCCCGCCCCGAGCCUUCCAGCCUGACCGUCGGCUGCGUGCCCCUCAACAGCCCUUACCUCAGCCCCGAUGGCAAACGCCUUCUCGAAGACGCGGGUGCGAAAGACAAGAAACCGACCGCCAUCGAAUCCGAUCCGUCGCAGGCGCGAAAGCCGGAUCUGUUCCAGUAUGGCACCAUGGCAAGAGUCACGGGUGUACAAGGGCGUCGAGGCGAUCUGGUGAUGGUGGUAGAAGGCAUAAGUCGCUUCAAAGUCGACUCCUUCACCAAGCAACGCCCAUACUUCGAGGCUCGCGUGCAGCUACACGAGGAUGCCGCGGUCGUCGACAACGAUGACAAGGUGAAGGAGUUGUUUGCGCAGCUUAAGCAACUGUCUCGCGAGUUGAUUGCCCUUAUCCGGCUAUCUGCUCUGCUGCCCAGGGGCCCGAGCGUGUCCAUCUCGCCACUCCUCGCUCGGCGCCUGGAACUCUACAUUGUGCGGAAGGACAUUGCCGAUGCCGGCGUUCUCGCGGACUUCAUGACAAACGUCGUCGAAUGCACGCACGAAGACAAACUCCGCAUCCUAUGCGCCUUGUCAGUUCAGGAACGACUGGAGCGCGUGGUCGAGGCGUUGCAGAAGCAAAUCAGCUCGCUUCAAGGCAACGGCACCAUCUUGACCAUCACCACCAACGUGCCGCAAAAUGGCACCAUCGAUAUUGAGACUUUGAGGCAGAGAGCGGCGGCGCGCGGGCAGGCGCCUGGUAAUAAUCUCGGUCCACUCGGCGGCUUCGGCGGCCCACCGGGGCAAGAUGAGGAAGCGAACGAAGUGGAGGAGCUGAAGAAGAAGUUGCAGGACGCCAAGCUGUCUCCCGAAGCGCAAAAGGUGGCGGAUCGCGAGCUGAAGAGGCUGGCUCGAAUGAAUCCAGCACAAGCAGAGCAUCAGGUCUGCCGGAAUUACCUCGAGAAUCUGGCAGAGAUUCCUUGGACGAAAGUCACCGAGGACAAUCUUGACGCCGCCACCCUGCAGCGGGCGCGACAGCAACUCGAUGAUGACCAUUAUGGCCUGGAGAAGAUUAAGAAGCGAUUGUUGGAAUAUUUGGCUGUGCUCAAAUUGAAGCAAGCGAAGAAUCAAGAGCUGGAUCAGCAAAUCAAAGCCAUUUCUACACAAGCGCAGAACGAGGAGAAGCAGCAGAAGGAGGCAGGAUCUGAAAGCGCGAGUUCUGGCAAGGAUGUCGCCACGACUACGAAGCCUCAAGCAGAGCCACCUCGGGACAAGUCGCCAGAAGAGAUCAAGAUGCUUGAGCACAAGAAGAUGGUCGACAAGUCGCCAAUCUUGCUGCUCGUUGGCCCGCCAGGCACUGGAAAGACAUCCUUGGCCAAGUCCGUUGCGGCUUCCCUCGGCCGCCAGUUCCACCGCAUCUCCCUCGGCGGGGUGCGAGACGAGGCAGAGAUACGAGGGCACCGCAGGACCUACGUCGCCGCCAUGCCCGGCCUCAUCGUCAACGGAUUGAAGAAGGUCGGCGUCGCGAAUCCCGUGUUCCUGCUUGACGAGAUUGACAAAGUCGGUACCUCUUCCAUCCACGGCGAUCCAUCUGCUGCAAUGCUAGAGGUUCUGGAUCCUGAGCAGAACCACACUUUUGUGGACCACUAUGUCAACAUCCCGAUCGAUCUGAGCAAGGUGCUGUUCAUCGCGACGGCAAACACCUUGGAGACCAUUCCUGCUCCUCUGCUGGACCGGAUGGAGACGAUUCAGCUUUCUGGAUACACCACGCUCGAGAAGCGACACAUCGCCACUCAACACCUACUCCCCAAGCAGAUCAAAACAAACGGUCUUCGAUCGGAAGAUCUUGAUCUCAAAGAGGAUGCACUGGAUAAGGUGAUCACGGGCUACACACGCGAGUCUGGCGUCCGGAAUCUGGAACGAGAAAUCGGCAGCGUGUGUCGAGCGAAGGCAGUGCAAUAUGCCGAGGCGAAAGACAACGGCUCGCUAUUCUCCUACUCCCCCCAGGUCACAGCCGAUGACUUGGAGGACAUUCUCGGGAUUGAGCGGUUCGAAGAGGAGCUCGCCGCGCGAUCGGCUCAACGCGGUGUGGUCACUGGCCUUGUGGCUUACAGCACGGGUACGCAAGGAAGCAUUCUGUUCAUCGAAAUCGCCGACAUGCCCGGCUCUGGCCGCGUACAACUCACGGGCAAGCUGGGCGAUGUGUUGAAGGAGAGCGUGGAGGUGGCUUUGUCGUGGGUCAAGAGCCAUGCGUACGAGCUGGCUCUCGUGCACGACCCGAAUGAGGACAUUAUGAAGAACCGCUCGAUCCACGUGCACUGUCCUUCCGGCGCGAUACCCAAAGAUGGCCCUUCGGCUGGGCUUGCACACACAGUCGCGUUGAUUUCACUCUUUUCCGGCAAAGUCGUGCCACCUACCAUUGCCAUGACGGGCGAAGUGGCGCUGAGAGGCAAGGUGAUGCCGGUGGGCGGGAUCAAAGAGAAACUCAUUGGUGCUUUACGGGCGGGUGUCAAGAAGGUACUACUGCCGCAACAGAACCGCAAGGACGUCAAGGAUCUGCCGGAUGAGGUCAAGGAGGGGCUUGAGAUUGUGCAUGUCAGCCAUAUCUGGGAAGCACUGCCGCACAUUUGGCCGGAGAGUAGCUGGGGCCAACAGCUAACUGGCUUUGAGAGCCGGUUGUGAGGGUUUGAUUGUCAAGCAAUUGAUCUUUGAUUACUCUUCUGUAGAAUGGGUGGUGUAUUGUAGAUGAUGAUGAAACGCUUCAAUUCAAUGGGACAAUGGCCCAGCAUUCGAUCUCAUAGUGCCAGUCCGGGCCGGCCAGCCUUGCCACGGGCACUGUAAUCAUCACGGUCAGCGGGUCUCCAUUGAACAGGCACACGGCA